AUGGGUGCAAAAUUCAGCAAACCUACAUCUAACCCACUGAGAAACGUGUUUUCCUGUUUCAAAUGUGGCCAAUCCAGGCAACCAUCCUUUUAUCAUAAUAUAUCCCCCCAACCGAGCAUCUUUGCUACACUAAAGAGGCGCAAUGUCCCCAGGCCCAACGAGUUCAUACAUCUUUUCAGCAACUGCAUCUCUGCUGCUACAGCCAGAACCCAAGAGUACCUCACCUUCAAGGAUCCAGAGGACAAGUUACGCCCGAGUCCUGAGGUGCUCACUCAGGUCUUCCUGAUGACCUACAUCACUCGGAGUGUUGAGGUCGACCUGCAGGAUACCCUUAACUGCACAGUCAUGACUCCUGAGCAGCGCGUCCUCCUGGGUGCUGACUGGGUUUGGGCAGUGCUGGAGAGGCCGACCAAGAACCCCAAGUUCCAGAUUGUCGUGCAGGUCCUGCACCUGUCUGAAAGGGAGGAGGCUGAACAGAAGGUCUCUAUGGACACCUGCAGUGAAUCCAUCCAGAUGGCCCAGAUGGAGUCCAGCAACAAUAACAUGUACGAGAGAAUGGUGAACUUCUGCACCUCCAUCGGCAAGGACUGCUACGCUCUCUUCUUGUUUUUUGGGAAAAAAACCGACAAGGUGAAUAUCUACGGCGUCCUCAGCAAUAAUUUUGAGGCGGCCAAAGGAAAAUGCAGGAUCGACAGAGCUCUGAUCGAGAACUUCUUUAAAGGUUUGAGGUAUCUCCAUACGCCUUUAGGAAUGAUGCAGGCAAUUAUGACCAAAAAUAAAGGUGAACCCAUCACUGUCAUGAUUAAAUUCAGCUGA